CCGAAAUCUUAUUGCUCAAAUAAAGUGCUUGAGAUGACCUCAAGUGUGACUUUUCAGUCAUUUCGACUAUUGUCUUCCAUCCACUGCUACUCAUCUGGGACUUAUUGAAAGUUAGGGAAGCAUACUCUCAAAUCUAUCACCCGAGGGCAAGAGGUACUAGCGAUUAGGGCAUCAUGGAAGCUGGAAAUAACCAACCAGCUCGAUGUGAGCAACCAGAAUUGGCUCCUGUAUCCAAACAUGACCGUGGUUGGCGUCGAGUCAUUCGCAAUUUCACUCCUGCCUGGUUUUCUGUAAACAUGGGAACAGGAAUUGUUUCAAUCUUGCUCAACACUUUGCCUUACAACGGAAAAUGGCUAUACUAUCUUUCCAUCAUCGUUUUCGUCUUGAACGUGGUUUACUUCACGAUCAUUCUGGCCAUCACGCUUCUACGUUAUAUGCUGUAUCCGGAGAUCUUCAGGGUCAUGAUUACCCAUCCGGUACAGUCGCUGUUUCUGGGCACGUUUCCCAUGGGUCUUGCGACAAUUAUCAACAUGUUCUGCUUCGUCUGCGUACCCGCGUGGGGUGACGGAGCGGCUUACUUCAUUUGGGCAAUCUGGAUCUUUGAUGCCGUAGUGUCAGUGCUGAUCGCUAUCGGAAUCCCCUUCUUGCUGACCACGAGCCAGAGAACCCUCGACCUUUCGUCAAUGACGGCUGCUUGGCUCUUGCCGAUUGUGUCAUGUGUUGUCGCGGCCGCAUCGGGUGCGAUCGUGGCGGAUAUCUUGCCGAAUAUGCACUUUGCUCUGGCUACUAUCCUGGCCAGUUAUAUUCUGUGGGGAAUUGGGGUUCCCUUGGCACUCAUGGUUAUCUGCAUUUAUCUGCAGCGCCUUAUGUUUUACAAGCUGCCGCCGAAGGCGAUGCUCGUCAGCGUUUUUCUUCCUCUUGGGCCUCUUGGCCAGGGUGGAUUUGGUAUUCAAAAACUCGGCAAAGUUGCACAAAAAGUCUUCCCUCGGACGAAUACUCUCAGUGCCACCACGGGUGAUGUCUUUUACAGCGUUGGAUUCCUGAUAGGGAUCGUACUGUGGGCAUUCGGCCUGGUUUGGCUUACUUUUGCAGUGACCACCUUGAUCACGACGAGGAAAUUCCCGUUCAAUAUGGGAUGGUGGGCAUUGACUUUCCCCUUGGGAGUCUUCACCACUUGUACUUGUACUAUGGGCAACGAGCUUCCCUCGCGAUUCUUCUCGGUACUUGGCACAAUAUUCUCCGUCGCGGUCGUCUUGUUGUGGCUUUUGGUCAGCUUUCACACAUUCCGAGGUAUCGCCCGCGGCGAUCUUUUUGUUGCCCCAUGUCUUAAAGAUCUGGGAAAUGCAAAGGCUAGAUCUGGGGAGAAGGUAUAAAGUGCCAACAAAUAGAAGUUGGGAUAAGCAAAAUUAUGCAUAGAUGAAUUCGCAUUUCAACCUCAUCCAGGAAUAUACUCUUUCCCUCAUCUCAAGGAUGGGAGAGGAAUAUCGCCGUCAGUUUGUCUGACGCCAACUGGUGGACGGGGCCUUGAGCUACAGAGGUAACCAUGAAAACUACAAUUGCCUCAGCCGAGGCUGGCAUUAUUCGGUGUGACCUAUGCAUAUAAGGGGAAAGCAGGUUGGCAACGGCAGCCGCCACGCAAGGACCAGGAUCACCACCGGGUCAAUCGCCGAU